AUGCUGAUAAGCGGAUCUUUGGGAAGUCGAGAAAGGAUUGGGAACAUAGUGUUGGGGAAAUGGAUUUUUGAAAAUGGUGAAAUUUUUAUGAUAGUUUUGACAAAGGAUUUGGGAACUGGGUCGAUUGCCUUUGGCAGAGUGGGUGCACAUGAUUUGAAUUGCCUGUACCUACAUAGAGAUUACUCUGUAGGUGUCCAGCCAGUGGAUAUUGCCUGUACCCAGGCCAAUGGAUAUUGCAUGUACCCAGGCCAGUGGAUAUUGCCUAUACCUACAUGGAGAUUACCCUGUAGGUGUCCGGCCAGGAUUUUCCCCAGCCACCUUCCCGAGUUGUCUACACAGGCGGUUGGCUAG